AUGGCCAUGAUCGCUGCCUCGACGGCGCACCCGCCGCUCUCCCUCGUCCGCAGGCUCUCCCUCGUCCGCAGGCUCUCCCUCAUCCGCACGCUCUCCCUCGUCCGCACGCUCUGUCGGUCUCACUCGUCCACAUGCUCUCUCACUCUCGCCUCACCCGUCGCAGCACAUGGUCAUCCCGCACACGCGUCAUCGUUCACAGCCCCUCUGAUCGACACCAACACAGAUACCAUCUCAGCGUGCCACCCAACCAUGCGCAUUCAUGCUCCCGCGCAUCGUCCUGGCUCUCCUUCCACCCUCGCGACAACAGCUGCACCCGUCGGCAUCUGUGUCCGGCUCGGGAGUCUCGCCUCCGGGCAGUUCUGGCAUCUGACCUUUUCCUGGACACAACGCGGGCGGGAAUGGACCCAUGCAAGGCAACUCACGCCCGUCUGGGCCUCGAACGUCUUCCCGCCCUUUGUGUCGUUUGUUCGCCGCUGCCAUCUUCCCCACCACACCCAACGAGACGAGUCCACCGUGUACGGCCAUGCUCUCCUCACCCUCAACAUGCCACACGAACGCGGGGACGUCUGCAAGACAUCGCCACCGUCAUUAGCGGCGCCGCAGCAGGAGGGCGAGUCCUUCGUGAUCAGGGAGCGUGUAGGUGGGCCAGAGCGAACGUAG